UGCUACAUGCUCACCAGUUGUUACAGAAUGAAUUCGCCACUAGCCUAAUAUCAGCAAAGCUUGGUGAUGACCCUAAUGUAUACUAUAUAGUGGGUACUGCCCUUGUACAUCCAGAGGAGGCGGAGCCUAAACAAGGGAGGAUAAUAAUAUUUCAUUACAAUGAAGGAAAAUUAAACCAAGUGGCAGAAAAAGAAAUCCGAGGUGCUGCAUAUACACUAUUGGAGUUUAAUGGCAAAUUGUUAGCCAGCAUUAAUAGUACAGUUAGAUUAUUUGAAUGGACGACAGAGAAGGAGUUACGGCUAGAAUGCAGUUACUUCAACAACAUAGUGGCUCUCUACCUAAAAACAAAGGGUGAUUUCAUCCAAGUUGGAGAUCUGAUGAAGUCCAUUACUCUUCUCUUGUAUAAACCAAUGGAAGGAACAUUUGAAGAGGUGAAAUAAUCAUGUCUACUGUAUAGC